UUUUGUCCUUGCGACGUUUCGAUUUACGAUGUUUCGGUCUGAGCCGUUUUGGCUGCGCCCAAAUUUUUUAUUUUUUGUCAAAAAGUCCUAAUUUUCAAAAAUUCUUAGUUUGUCUCGGAUUUGAGAUGUAUUGAUUUUGAUUUUAGUUGUUGACUUUGACCCUCGUCUUUGAAUCAAGAAAAAUCGGUCAUUUUCUUUAUUUUCAGAAUUUAAAUAAUGUCAGUUCCAAUUAUUCUUCUUCGUGAAGGCACACAAACAAAACAAGGACGUGGACAAAUUCUAAGCAAUAUUAGUGCUUGUUGUGCUGUUGCUGACAGUGUUAGAACUACGCUUGGACCUAGAGGAUUGGAUAAAUUGUUGGUAGACCGUAAAGGCCAAACAACAAUUUCAAAUGACGGAGCAACAAUACUUAAGCAACUCGAUAUUGUUUUCCCAGCGGCGAUAGUUAUGUCCGACAUUGCAAAAAGUCAAGAUGCUGAAGUUGGGGAUGGAACUACGAGUGUUGUCAUUUUGGCCGCAGAAUUUUUGAAAGCUGCAAAGCCUUUUAUUGAAGAAGGGGUUAGCCCUCAAUUGAUCAUUAAAGCUUUUGAGGAUGCUUCAAAAGAGGCCAUCAAAAAACUCCGUGAACUCGCUGUCAAAAUCGUCGGAACUACUGAAUCCAUUGAAAUGCUUGUUCGCUGUGCAGCUACAACAUUGAGCAGCAAAUUGUUAAAACAAGAACGUCACCAUUUUUCUACAAUGGUAGUUGAUGCUGUUAGCUAUUUGGAUAUUGAUUUGCCUUUGAAUAUGAUUGGAAUUAAGAAAGUUAGCGGUGGCUCUAUUCGGGAUUCUCGUCUUGUAAAAGGUGUGGCCUUUAAAAAAGCCUUUAGCUAUGCAGGAUUUGAAAUGCAGCCCAAACACUAUAAAAAGCCUUUAAUUGCCGUGUUAAAUAUUGAAUUGGAAUUGAAAGCAGAAAAAGAUAAUGCUGAAUUACGCAUUGGAAAUGUUGCUGAUUAUCAAGAGGUGGUCAAUGCAGAAUGGACUAUCCUUUAUAAUAAAUUGGAAAAAAUUCAUGAAAGUGGCGCAAAAAUUGUUUUAUCAAAAUUACCAAUUGGAGACGUUGCUACUCAAUGGUUUGCUGACAGAGACAUGUUCUGCGCUGGCAGAGUUCAAGAUGAAGAUAUUGAACGCGUUUUAGCUUCUUGUGGUGGAUCAUUGUUAACAACAGUUUCUCAAGUGGAUGCUUCUGUUCUUGGAUGUUGUGGUGAAUUUUAUGAACAACAAGUUGGAAGUGAACGUUACAAUUUCUUCACUGGCGGUUCCAAAGCAAAAUCUUGUACUUUAGUACUUCGUGGAGGUUCAGAACAAUUUAUUGCAGAAACUGAACGUUCUCUUCACGAUGCAAUUAUGAUUGUACGUCGAGCAAUGCGUAAUGAUUCAAUUGUUGCUGGUGGUGGAGCGAUUGAAAUAGAACUUUCACGUCACAUUCUUGAAUUGGGAAAUAAGCGUGAAAUGAAGGACCAAUUCUUUUGGAAAGGUUAUGCAAAGGCUUUUGAGGCAAUCCCUCAACAACUUUGUCAAAAUGCUGGUUUGGAUGCAAUUACAAUGCUUGGAGAAUUACGUGCUGCUCAUGCAAAAGGGCAAAAAUGGUGUGGAAUUGAUAUACAAGCUGAGCGUGUUGCGGAUAAUAUGGAGGGUUGUAUUUGGGAACCUGCUCUUGUUAAAGAGAAUGCUAUAAUCUCAGCUACAGAAGCAGCUUGUCUCAUUUUAAGUAUUGACCAAACAAUAAAAAAUGUAAAAUCUGCAAAUGAAAUGCCUGGAUUGCCUGGACAGCAUUGA